ACACUUUCCGUCUCUGAAUCCGACUGACAUUAUCUGUAGAGAUAGAAGAGAGAGACAUCCAUGGCCGAUGGCUGGCUCUGAGCCUCCCCACCACCACCAAAAACAAUGCAAACCUUCUCGGCCUCCUUCGCCGUCUGUACUUCCCACCCGUUACGACGCCGUCGAAUCAGCACCUCCCCUCCCCGCAAACCCAAUCUCCGGCGACUCACCUCCCGCGUUGUCCAGCUCACCCGCCGGAGACAGCUUCACCAGAUAAUGGAGGAGAUAGAGGUCGCCAAAGAACGAUUCGGGAAGCUGAACACGGUUGUGAUGAACGCGGUCGUGGAGGCUUGUGUACAUUGCGGCGAUAUUGACUCUGCACUCAUGUUGUUCGACGAAAUGGCUGAGCCAGGAAGCUGUGGCGUUGAUACUAUCACAUAUGGAACCAUCUUAAAGGGUUUGGGCGCGGCACGGAGAAUUGAUGAAGCAUUUUAUGUACUUGAAUCUGUGGAGCGAGGCACUGCAGUGGGAAGUCCAAAAUUGUCAGCACCUCUUGUUCUUGGUCUGCUCAAUGCUCUAGUUGAAGCAGGAGAUUUACGCCGUGCUAAUGGGCUUCUUCAUCACUAUGGUUUUCUCCUUCGUGAAGGUGGCAGUCUUACAGUCAGAGUCUACAACUUACUAAUGAAGGGAUAUAUCAAUGCAGGCCUUCCUCAGGGUGCAAUAACCAUGCACGACAAGAUAUUAUGUCUAGGAUUAAAGCCUGAUAAGCUCACCUAUAAUACUCUGAUAUCUGCAUGUGUAAAAGCUGGAAAGUUGGACAUUGCAAUGCAGUUUUUUGAGGAAAUGAAGGAUGAAGCACAGAAAUUUAGCCAUGGUGACCUUUUCCCAGAUGUGGUCACUUACACAACAUUACUUAAGGGUUUUGGGGAUUCCAAAGAUAUUAAUUCAGUUCAGAAGAUCAUAUUGGAAAUGAAAACAUAUAUUGGUUUGUUCAUUGAUCGAACAGCAUACACUGCAGCAGCUGAUGCUUUGCUAAAUUGUGGCUCAAUAAAAGGUGCUUUAUGCAUAUUGGGAGAAAUAUUAAAGCGGGCUGGGGGAAAGCCAAAUUUACGACCAAAACCUCACCUCUAUCUUUCCUUCAUGCGCUCAUUUUCUGUUAGUGGAGAUUACAGUACCAUUGAAAAUCUAAAUGAGCACAUGUGGCGGGAUACUUCUGGAACUAUCUCCCCAAUGGUUCAAGAGGAAGCUGAUCAUCUACUCAUGGAGGCAGCUUUAAAUGGUGGUCAGGUAGAUUUGGCUGUAAAAUACCUCGCAAGUACUAUUACAAGGUGGAAGAGGAUAUCAUGGACAAGUCGAGGAGGCAUGGUGGCUCUCCGCAUAGAGGCCUUGCUGGGAUUCACCAAAUCGAUAUUGAGUCCUUAUCUACUUCCUCAGGUAUUGGCAAGUGAACCAAUUGAAAGUGUCAUGAUGCCCUUUGAAGCAGCUCAGCCACUUAAUGGGACCCUGGACUUGAACAAAGUGGCGAUGCGUUUCCUUAAGGAUUCAGUGGUGCCCAUCAUAGAUGACUGGGGUAGCUGCAUUGGCAUAUUGCACCGUGAAGACUGUCGAGAGAUGAACGCCCCUCUAUCGUCAAUGAUGAGAAGCCCGCCUCCUUGUGUUGCUACUCGAACGUCAAUAGGGCAUGUGGUGGAUCUGAUCAUGAAGUAUAGAUAUAAAAUGGUGAUUGUAAUAAACCAUAGCUCAGUAUACGGUGGUAGUGCUUCAAGUUUGAGAGCUGCUGGUGUUUUUACAGCCGAACAACUGUGUAAACUUGUGUCACCGGAAUCCGAAACGCCCGGUCUGAGUCGACUUUCUUUACGUAGAAAUCUCAUGUAACAAUCUGUUAGACUAUGAAACUGUAUGUAUCCUCCUCCUUGUAAAUUCAAUUUUUGUUAUAUAAAUAUGAUCGUAGUGAUCAAUUUAGCAUUCA